GUUUUCAGUAAUAAAUUCCAUCAAUCACAUGACCGAAUGAUGAGGCAUCGACGACGUUCCUCAUCUUUAAUUUUUUCACUUCUUCUCAUUUUAUCCCCCUUAUCAAACGCUCAAGAUCCACAAAUAUCCGAUCAACCGAUAAAUUCCAAUCAUGCACCUGUUCUCCAAGUAUCAUCUACCGAAGGGUUCUUAACUGAAACAGCCGAAAUGGGGACAACAGUCAGAGUUUCCCCAAAUAGUCAGUCUGAAUCAUUACAAAUUUUGGUCAAUGAUGAAGAUUUGCAACCCGGAAUGCCUCCAGCCACUUACCAAUACAUCCUAACAGGGCUUGGAGCAACAAUUUUUGCCGUUGACCAAAGGGGUUUCGUUUAUUUGAAUGUUCCAAAGAUUGAUGCUGACCCACCAAAUCCAAGUACUUAUCAAUUGAAUGUUGAAGCCCGAGAAGUGAAUACAGUUCCAACCCGUCGAAGUGAGCCCGUCACAAUCACAAUUCACAUUUUGGACAUCAACGAUAACUCUCCACAAUUCGAACAACCGAUUUAUAUGGCCAAUACGACAGCCAGUGGUGAUGAACGAGAUGUUGUAAAAGUGGUGGCUACAGACGUAGAUUCUGGAGCUUUUGGACAAGUUACUUACACUAUUGCUCAAGUGACCAAUGGAGGAGAAGAUAAAUUUCGUUACGAGACGGCUACAAAUAUGCUGGUUGCUACUGGAAAUCUGGUUCCUGGAGAAAGAUAUCAAGUAGUUAUUGAAGCAAUCGAUGGAGGUGGUAGAAGUUCACAGGCUAUCGUAAUAGUUUUGGCACUUGAUCCAAUGCAUCAGACAUUCAGUUCUCUUGCUCCAUUGCCUGGAAUGGAAACGUUUAUGCCUAAUCCUUUGGCAAUGGCAACAACUCCAGGAACAAUGGUAACCAGCGCAGAAUCCGAGGAGACUAUUCAAACAUUUGUGACAGAAGUCAACGAGAAUACACCACCAAAUACAGUUGUAGUGUCAUUAGGAGACGAAAGUUCCAGGGAAUUGACAUAUUUCAAUGUUGUUGGUGGAAAUGAGGAAGGCAAAUUUGCAAUCGAUGAUGCUGGAACCAUUGUAACCGCUGAGGAGCUUGAUCGUGAAAAGACAGCAAUGUAUUCUCUUCAAGUUGAAACCAGAUCCAGAAAUCCAGAUCAACAUCUGUACUGGACUCUUGUCCAGGUUACUGUAAUGGAUGUAAAUGAUAAUGCACCAACCUUCACUGAUCCUCAACCAAUUCGUCUCCGAUUGAGUAUUGAUGAUAUUGAACAACUGACUGGAAAUAUGAUAAUUGGAAGAAUAGGAGUUGAAGAUGCAGAUGCUGAUGAUAAUGGACGACUUGAAUUGAGAAUAAUGCCACCUCAUAAUAAACUUUUUGCAAUUUCAAACGAUGGAAUUCUCAGUGUAAAUGGUGAUUUCACUGCUGCACACUUUGGAGAGCACGAUUUGACUGUAGUGGCAAGAGAUCAUGGUGAACCAUCUCUAGAAACAAGAGCAAGAGUUCAAAUUUCUAUAUUUGGAACUCUCAUCACUAUGGCUACUGUGGCACCAACUAAUGAAGUAUUCGAGUACACUUCAAGUGUUGAAGAAGAACCUCAGACAACGAAUCCAGAUGAACAUCUCCAAACAGUCACUACAUCCCCAUCAACCAAAAAUCAAGUUUCUCAACAAAUAUUCUCGUCGUUCCCAGCACCACAAGUGGAACAAACUGGUGCUCCAGUGGAACCUGAGUUUCCACAAUUCCCAACAUUCCCCACACUCAGUCCACAUCCUCAGAUUGACGAGGAAACCGAAGAAGAUGAAGAAGUAACAGACGAGUAUCCGGAUACUGUAGCUACCGUACCCACUGUUACAGUAGCACCCGAUUAUUCAGAGGAAUACGGACAAGAGGCGAGUAGUAGUAGCAGCACGAUAUUGCCAGAUGUUCAAGGCGUUUGGAGUGAAAUUUCUGAACUUCCAUCUGAGAACCCCAUCACCUACACAGAAUCCCCAAUCACCGAAUCUACAGCCCCAGCACCUGAAACUUCACCUGAAACCGCUCCUGAAAUUACACCAGAACGUGGAAGUUCGGCUGAAAACGAAUUGUAUCCGACUGAAAUUGCACCUGAAAAUGUUGAAAAACCCACCGAACUUGCACCAGAUUUAUCUGAAACCACUGAAAAUACUGAAAAUCAAUGGCUACCGGACGUUGUGGAAACCAGUCAGGAGCUCCCCUCACUGCCAACUACAAAAAUGGCUCCACCACAACCUGUACCAACUCAAUCUCCUCCAUUACCAACUCCGAAACGGUUGGCGCCAGUGUUCAAACCAUCCCAGAUUACUGUACAGAUUGAUGAGAAUGAGUCACAAGUUGAAAUUACAAAAGCUCAUGCCACGUAUCCAGAUGGGUUGUCAGGAACGAUUACCUAUGUUCUUCAUAAAGGAGAUCCAAGUCUUUUCUCAGUUUCCUCGUAUUCUGGAUCUGUUAAUUUGCUUCGAGCACUGGAUGCUGAAACUAACUCGACAGUUACAAUUCAAAUCUCCACUUCAGAAGCACAAACUUUGGAAGUUGAUCCAAAACUUGCACAUUUUGUGAGUAUUACCAUCAACGUUGCUGAUAAGAAUGAUUGGAUUCCAAACUUUGAAAGUGCAUCAUAUGAAUUUGAUGUUAAAGAAGACACGUUGCCCGGAACAAUUGUCGGACAAGUUAAUGCAUUCGAUCAGGAUAGAGAUGAACCAAAUAACCGAAUUCGAUAUCGAUUGUUGUCUGCAGGAGGAUUGGAAGCACAUUUUAAUGUUAAUGCUGAGAGUGGAUUGAUCACAUUAGCAAGACCAAUUGAUGCAUUUGCCGGGGAAAAGAUUACGCUUCGUAUCGAGGGAGCUGACAGUGGAAUGCUACCUCUUUCUUCAACGACAACAGUGCUCAUCAACGUGGUUGCCACGUCAUCACAUCUGAUUCCAGAUGCUUCACCUGUCUCGAAUACGCCAAAUGAAGGAGAACUGCAAUUUAGUCUGAGGAAUUAUACUGCAUCUGUGUCUGAAGCAGUCCGUCCUCCACAUCUUGUUCAAGUUUUGUCUGUGAUGAAUAAGCCAACGGAUACCAGAUUCAUAAUUUGCAAUAUUAUAUCUGGAAAUUAUCGUGGAGCAUUCGGAAUCACUGCUGGAAAUGAUGGAAAUUGUGAAUUAAGAACACAGAUGGAAUUAGAUCGAGAAACUGUAGAAAGAUACUUGUUGAAUAUAACUGUAACUGCUGGUGCACAAACAGACUACGCUUUAGUGUCUAUAACAGUUCUUGAUGUGAACGACAAUGUUCCUCGAUUUGUGUAUGAUUCGGAUCUGGGAUUGACCACAUACUUUGGAGCUGUUUCUUCAGUUGCAAAUGCAUUCACAAGAGUGUUAACUGUAAAGGCUGAAGAUGCAGAUCUUGGAAACAGCAGCUUGGUCAACUACGCUUUGGAUCCACUUUCAGCACAUUCAAAAUACUUUUCUAUUUCACCAUUUGGAGAGAUUAGCACAAAACAGAGCAUGUCUACCAUUUUGAGUAGAAAUAGACUCCAAUUCUUCGAAUUCAGAGUUUCCGCCUGCGAUUCCCCAAUUUCUGGGCAACAAUUGUGUUCAAAAGCUGAUGUUGUCGUGAAUGUGAUUGGUUCAACUAACAGAUUCAAGAUGAUUAUUUAUGGAUUGAACCCACAACAAUUGAAGAAACAUGAAAAGGAUUUAGUGAAAUCAACUAGACAAUUUACUGGAAGUUGCAAUUUAUUGACGAUCGAGAAAAUGAUUGAGCAUACUGCAAUUGAGAACCAGAUCCGAACUGACAUCUACUGGUAUGCAGUGAAUCCAACGACAAAGAAGAUUUGCAAGAAACAAGAUAUCCGAAAACUAUUCGAAACUUCCAAUGUACAAUUAAUUGCUGGAAAGGUUCAACCAUGGUUCAGACUUGAAAGAAUUUCAGAGGAUGCCGGUGAUGAAGGAAAUAUGUCAAGCGGUGGAAUUUUAUCAACCAACUGGAAGACUUCCAAUAUUCUUUUAAUAAUACUUGCGGUAACUGUUGCUCUUGGAGCAAUUAUUGGAAUUUGUGCCGUGUGUGUAUUCUGGAGCCGUUAUAAGACAGCCCAACGAAAUGCUUCAAACUUCUCUCACUCGUAUCCUCAGAAACUAGGACCAAUUUAUCAUCCAACAAUGAUGGGAGUUGAUCCAAGAACUGAAUAUGAUUAUGAAACACAAAAUGUGAAUAUGCUCAUUUCGGAUGAAGAUUUAACAAUGAAAAGUGGAUCAAUUGGAGUACCAGCUCAUCAGCGAAUGACAUUGAUGGGUGCAGGAGGUGGUCCUGGAAUGGGAGGACCUGGUGGACCACAAAAUGGUCAAGGAAAUCAAAGUUAUAGAACAUAUGGAUACAGACCUGCACAUAGUACAGCGUAUGAAGGAGACUUCAGCAUAGAAGAAUCAAUGUAUGCCAUAAACCCAUCAGGACGAUUGGAUCCUAUUACGAAACGUAUACAGACAAUCGUGAUUCCAACACCAGAUUAUCAUCAACGAACACAUCCAAAUCAACAUAAAUCAAUACUUUAAUCAAUUAAAAUUCAAAAUAUUAUUUUUGUUAAAACUUCUAUCUUUCAAAGAAUCUCAUGUUCCUCAAUUUCUCCCCAUUUUCUUUCAGCAUUUUCACUUUUUCAUUCAUUUCGCUCAAUUUGUUCAUCAACUCCUUGUGACGUCCCAAUAUAGGUGCUCAAAAUGUCUAAUUUAUAUCAAUUUUCUCACCUUCAUUCUUUUUCUCUCUCAUUCAUCCACAUUUGCCAGUGAUUUGUGUUCACCCCGCCGUUUCAGUGACUUUAAAUUAUUUAUUCGACAAUUUUAAUUUUUUUGCAUGCUUACAAAUUUGUUGAAACGGUGUAUUUACUUGAAAUAUUUUUUUAAAUACAUAAUACAAUUUAA